GUGGCUCUACCGAUGCCACUGAACUCAGCUGGCAAUAAUCAAAGAAAUGCUCAAGGAUAGACUGGACCCCUUCUGCAGGCCAUUGAAGCCCCACAAACAGAGGAGACUCCUGUGACUUCCGUCUGAAGAGGUGGUUCAAGUCCCCGUUUUCCAGUCCCGGGUUGUGGCUUGAAUUCCUUUAGUUUCUAAAACUAUCUCUGGAUAACUUGGCUGCACACCUUCAGAGCCUGUGAUGCUGGAGAGGAGGAAGCAGCAGCGUCUCCUGCUCAGGCCUGUGUCUCCCUCCAAUGGCAGGAGGAGAGUCGACGGUCGACCUUGCUGUUCCUCCCACUGUGAAGCUGGAAAAUGGGAGCUCAACCAACGUCAGCAUCACCCUUCAGCAUCCGCUGAAUGCAACCUUGGCGAUCACUUUUGAAAUCACAUUUCAAUCAAAAAACAUCACUAUCCUUGAGCUGCCGGAUGAAGUUGUGGUGCCUCCCGGAGUGACAGAGUCCUCUUUUCAAGUGACAUCUCGAAAUGUGGGACAAAUUACUGUUUUUCUGCACAAAAAUCAUUCCAACCAAACCGGCCCGAGGAUACACUUCUUGGUGAUCCGCAGCAACGUCGUCAGUAUCAUAAACCAGGUGAUUGGCUGGAUCUACUUUGCAGCCUGGUCCGUCUCCUUCUACCCGCAGGUGAUCUUGAACUGGAGGCGGAAAAGUGUUGUUGGUCUGAGCUUUGACUUCGUCACCCUGAACCUUAUGGGCUUCGUGGCCUACAGCGUGUUCAAUGUCGGCCUCUUCUGGAUACCACACAUCAAGGAGCAGUUUUUCCUCCAACACCCGAACGGAGUGAACCCCGUGGAGAUUAACGAUGUCUUCUUCAGCCUGCACGCCGUGGCCCUCACCCUGGUUGUCCUGCUGCAGUGCCUCCUAUAUGAGUGCGGCGACCAGCGGGUGUCCUGGCCCGCCAUCGGCUUCCUGGCACUCUCGUGGCUCUUCGUGCUUGUCAUCUUGAUUCUGGCCGCAACCGGGGUAACCACGUGGCUGAAGUUUCUCUUCUUCUUCUCCUACAUCAAGCUCGCGGUGACACUGGUCAAGUAUUUUCCACAGGCCUACAUGAACUUUGCCUACAAAAGCACCGAGGGCUGGAGCAUUGGCAACGUGCUCCUGGACUUCACUGGGGGCUGCUUCAGCCUCCUGCAGAUGUUCCUCCAGUCCUACAACAAUGACCAUUGGACACUGAUCUUUGGAGACCCAACCAAGUUUGGACUCGGCAUCUUCUCCAUCUUCUUCGACAUCGUCUUCUUCAUCCAGCACUUCUGCUUGUACAGAAAGAAGCCCGGGCUUCAGGCAGCACCCACAGGUUCUGACAGCCAUGCCAUGCAGGACUGGACGUGGAGCUGGGAGCAGGCCUUGCCUCGAGCAAUCAGUGUUUCUGGGAGCAGCUUGAAGGACUGACUGACCUUGCAGCUUUGGUGCCACUGCUGUUCCCAGAAACCAAGCAGCCAGGUGCUGUGGCCAGUGGACUGAGGGGUGCUGGUGGCAGAGGGGCUAGGACUUUGGGAUUAGGCCUUGGGGUCCCCUCUCUGAGUCUGAACACUCCCCUUCCUGACACUUAUUCUACAAAACCUGACCUCCAUGACUGCAGGCACAGGUGGCCCAGGCCAGCGCCUAGUAAAGAAGCAGUAUUUCUGGGUCUUGAGGUGCCCAACAGAUUGGUUCUGAACUGGGCUCACUCCCAACACCCUGUGGCUCUCUAUCACACUAACCCCCCUUUUGGGUUUUGUUGGAAGGUGUUUUGGAAGUGAGUGGCUGUCUGCCUGCCUAUCUCCACUUUCCAGUCAAGGGCCCACGUGACACCCUUAGCUGCUCCUUACCCUGUGCCUGGAUACAGGAUACACACACUCACUCACUCGUGCCUUAGAGGCCUGUUGGACCAGCUCCGCUGGAGGGCAGGCCUGCCUUCUCUCACAUCCCCCAGACCUGAGACUCGCCAAUUUUGGGCCGUUCUGUAGCCUCAGAGAAGGACUGAGACCACCUCACGUAAGACCCACAGGCCAACUCUGAUCCCAAAACCCCUUCCCUCCUAACUCAACCAGUGGACACCAGAUGGCAGCCUCUGGAAACGUGCCUUGUACAUGCCUGGAGAUUAUCUAUCCACUCUCCCAACUUUUUACUACCAGUUCAAUGAGGGGCCUGUAUCCUGGAUUAAAACCUGUUUCCUUCUGUGUGAGGAGCAUUUGCCAGAUGCAGGAGGCAGGUGUGUUGCCUUCAGAACCAAGUCCUGGGGGCUUGGGGAGAUGGCCCCCAAGGUGACUGCGUGCCGACCUGGCUCUUCAUCAGGGGACCCUGCUUGGGUAGUGCAAGAUGCCUGCUUGUCAGGACCAGGUAGGUCCCACAGGUCCCGCGCCUGCAUUCCCAAGGGCAGGCCACCACUGGGAGCAGAGGGAUGUCUGAUCUUUCCAGAUUCUUCAUCAGUCCAGGGGUAAAAAUACCAGUUUAGGCUCUUGUCUCCCCAAAGCAGAUUGCAGCCUGACCAAGUAUGCAUACCUGCUGGGCCACCCACCCGGUAUGUUACCAGGUGCCACACUUUAAAAGUGGGAGAUUCCAAGUGAGUGGCAGCAAUCCCCAGAGCUGGUGGUGCAGCCCAUGGUGAGCCAGCCAGAGGCCUGGAAGGUUCCAGUCACCCCACUUUGUCAGAUGGCAGCCUCUGGAAACAUUUGGGGUUGCAUCCCUGGCUGUGAUCACUGAGUGCUCUCAGGGGCCUUAGUGGGAGGGUAUUUUUCCCAUGAACCCCUUGGUCUCCACGAGGCUCCUCCUGGGCAGGGACUGAGACCAGAUUCACAAGAGAAGGUGGGUGUAGCCAGGCCAAGCACAUGUCCCGUGGGCCUAGGCGCAGUGAGGCUUUUUCCCAGAGCAGCCAGGGCCAGGUCAGCCAGCCUGAAAAAGCUGUCCCCGUAAUCCACCCCCAAGGACCCCCGCCCUGCACCUCAGCAAAGACCCCCGUGAGUCCCAGCACUGUUUAUUGGGCACAAGAUGGGGGAUGGGGGGAACCUAGGAGAGGGGGCUUCAUACUGCCCCAUUUCCACAGUAACAAAACCAAAAUAAGGUUUUCAGAUUUGCUAAGAGUCAUUCCCAGAUUGAAUUAGUUAAAUUCAAAGUAGAAUUGGCAUCUCCAAAUAGUAAGAUAAAAACCCUUUGUAUCAAAGUGAUU